AAUUAAUGAGUUCAGAAAUAAACAUUAGACAACUACUAUAUUAUAAAUCACUAAAUCCCAGUAUGUGUCACCAUAACUAUUUUUUAGGUCCUACAUAGUAAUCACUUCGAACAGUUUAAACAAUGUAACAUAGGCUAACUAAAAUGAGAUCAACGGCGUAAAGUGAUUUUAGACUUACAACACUUUAAACUUAAACACCAAUAAAUAACUUUAGAUAUGGAUUCAAUGUAGAUGAACAUUAGAAUUAGAAUUCUUAAAUUCAUUUCUUAGAAGUGUAUGAGCAUCCUAUGAAACAUAUUAAUGUAAUCAAAUAUUUAUUCAGAGUUACAUUACAGAGAGUAAAAAGAACAUAGCCUAAUUACGUGAUUAAUCUAAUAGAAUACGUUUGGAAAUGUCUACAAUCAAUUAAAAAUAUGAAUCCGAGUUAAAUAAAUUAUAAAUUAAUUUUCAGGAGUCUCUAAACUAAAAAUACAAAUUACUUAAAGAGGAUAAUGUAUAAUUUAUUGAAGAACAAUAUAAAUUAUCUAAAGAAUAUUAAAGAUUAGCAAAGGCAAAGUAACUUAUGGAAGAAAAACACUAAUUAUUAUUAAAUCGAGUUAUUUAAUUAGAGAACACUUUAUAAGGUGUAACACUUGAAUUAUAACAAUAGUGA